ACUAUGCAAAACAAAAUCGAAGUCUCAGUCAUUAGUGAAAUGUCCCAUGCCCACCUAGGGAAGACACCGCCUCCGUUCUGAAACGUGUUUUCAAAGGAAGGGUUUAUUGAUUAUCAAGGCGUAUUAGCAACGUUUGUUUUGGCUCCCAGUUGUUCAUCAGUCUUCCAGCUCAAAUAAUUAUGACUACUUCCACAUCGGUGAUGAGAAGAAAGCGCCAGCAAGACCUCCUGCCUCCACUAUCUCCCACGAUGCUGCCUCCACCGACCCAACGUUAUCGGCACGCCAAUGCCCCGCUCUCCUUGGAUGGCGUCAAGAGAAAAGCCACCGCUAUUCUCGACGAAGUGAAAAGAGAAACCUUGGCUUUCAAAAGACAGUGGUUCGUUGGAAUCGACGACGACAAGAAAGACAAAUGGUUAGAAUAUAUAGAGGACAUUGUUUGUCGUGUUAGAAGUGAUAAAAAUUCCACAGUGACGCUACAAAGUUUUGUGUAUCUGGUUGAUAACAUGAAUCAAGACAAAUACGAUCAUCUCCUACAGAAACCAGAAAACGAAGAACUUCGCAUGCUUAAUCAAAAACACAACGAACUGAGGGAAUUUCGAAGCAUUAUGCAGGGCAAACUCAAGACUGCUAUUAUAGAUAAUCUGGUAAAGUUCUGCAUAAGUUUUGCUGAAGAGGCAGACGAGUUUGAUUCUUAUCCUGUAAGAGAGUACGAAGACACUACAAUUGAAAUCAAGCACCAAAUAGAUGAGAAUUUUGAACGCCUAGAAGUUCUUGAAAAAGAAAUGGCUGACAUAAGCACUUCCAUACAGAGAUUUGUGGACGAACUGGAUAAAAUCAUGAUUUUGGUGGAUGACAUGGCCAACACAUUUUUAGCACUAUCCAAGAUUGGGAAGCAAUGGAUCGUUCUUGAUGACGGCUACGACAAAAGGGUAUUGUGUCACAUCAAACUUUUAGAACAGCAUCGUCUUGACACCCAAAAUCAAAUAAAACUGGAACGCCAAAACAACGCACUGUCCCGUUUAGCGAUAAAACGAAAGCAGUUUGAAACUGGGAAGGUCGAGGACGUUCUCCAUCAACAGGAGGGUGCACUGGAGAAGCUGCACUUACAGAGGUGCAACGCCAUAGGCAAAAAACGAGUGUUGCAGACGAAGCUGGAAGAAAAGGAAGAUUGUCUGGGAGAGUUGAAUUUUAGAUUCAUGAAGAGUGAAAGCACCACACCAUUGGCCAUUAAAAAACAUGCCGAGGAAACCGCGCUUCUCAAAGCAGAAAUUGAAGCUCUACGAGCAGAAAUCCUUCAAGGCAACAGACAAAUACAACAACUGAAACGCAACGAAGUCCACUUGGACUGUGUCACAGACGACAUUAAGAUUUUCCUGAAACACGAGCACAAGGCUGAAUGUCAAUUAUCAAAGUCCAUCGGGCAUCAAAAGUCCGACAUCAAAUAUAUGACCAGCUGUCUAGCAAGAGUUUCAAGCGAGCUUCGCGCUCUCAAGCGCAUUAAAGCUUUUAGAGAGGAUCCCGAAACGGUGAAGAAGAUAUUCCAUGGAAGUAUCCGCCCACGUACCGCAGGGCCGCUUUCCAACAAAUUACGGGCACAAAUCGCAGCUCGUAUUCGCCAAGACUUAGACCGAGUAUUUAGUGGCGUUCCUCGCACGUCACGAUUGCACAACAGACCAGACUACAAGCAAGAGGAAAUACGAGUGUUCGACAUAGGAGAAAUGCGUGGAGAUGCGCGUGAUAAAGCCAUUCUGGACCAGUGUGUGAAUAUGUGGAGGGACAUGAACCGCACUCCAGAUAUCAAACAGAUCGUCAGCACGUGGAAACACAAUAAGAGUCGAAAACAACACACGUCUGCACGAAAAUGACAUUCUUAAUAAUUUGUCAUCCUCAAGGUCUUCCAUGUUACAUCGUUUCAAUGAGAGGAUGUU